AUGGACUGGUACAAAGCAAAAGUGCUCUGUGAAAGCAACAAAAUGCACCUAGCAUCUCCGAAAACUGAAGCAGAAAACUCUGCUAUUUAUGAACAUUUGAAGAGCCUAAAAAUUUUCGAUUCGCUGUGGUUGUCGGCGUCGGACGUGGGACGCAUGGGACAGGGUUUCGUCUGGCACGACGGAGAAGAAUUGGCCAAGGACAGUCCGUUGUGGGACACUGACAGCCCCUACAGCAUGGGCGCAGAUUUUGGAGAGGAAUUCUGCGUGACCACCGGAAGAAAACUCAGGGAGCAGAUGUGCGUCGACGAAAAGUUCUUUGUCUGCGAAUUGCCCGCCGAAUGCUAUUGA